AAUUGAUUAAAAAAAAUAUAAGGAUAAUAUUAUUACGGUUUAAAUUAACCAUUUUUUUUAAAGCAUUUUGUUUGUUUAUUUAUUUUUUUUUUUUUAUUAAUUUAGAUUUAGUUUAUGUGGAUUAAUUUAAAAAAAAAAAAAAAUGAUAUACUGUACUUGUGUUGAUUUACAAUUCAAUUCAAAAAAUUUCCUGUUUGUUAUCGGGUUAUUGUAUUUAAAAAAAAUAUUUGAUAUCAAUUAAUAAAUUAAGUAUUUAAAAAUAUUAUAGAUUAAAAAUUUUAAUCUAAAAUUGAGUAAAAAUAUUUAUUAAUCAACGAAAUAUAUUGUUGAAAUUUUAUCUUUUAAUAAAAAAUUAUUUAACAUUAAUUAAAGCCUUAAUUUUAAGAAAAAUUUAAAAUUAUAAAAAAUAUUAUUUAUUAAUAAAAAAAAUAUAUAUAAUAAUUAAAAAUUGUUUACUUAUUUAAAAUAUUUUAAAAAUUUAGCGCUAUAUAAAAUUUCGAUAUAGUAAUCGAUUUAUCUCUGUUCAAUGUUUCGACCGUUUCGACUAAUUUCACGUCUGAGGUUCAAGGUGUGUUGCCUUCUGACAACUCGUUGAAAAUAAAAAAAUAAAAAAAAAGAAAAACAGAUUGACAUUUGUUUAAGUACACUUGAUUUUAUUUAUAAUUACAAAAUAAACAAUGGAGCCAUAUGAUGUGAUUGUCAAUCAACCAGUCGUCAUCGACAAUGGUUCUGGAGUUAUAAAAGCAGGCUUUGCUGGUGAUCAAAUUCCAAAAUGCAGAUUUCCAAAUUAUAUUGGAAGACCAAAACAUGUACGUGUUAUGGCUGGUGCACUUGAAGGUGAUUUAUUUGUUGGUCCAAUUGCUGAAGAACAUCGUGGUCUUCUUUCACUUCGUUAUCCAAUGGAACAUGGUAUUGUAACUGAUUGGAAUGACAUGGAAAGAAUUUGGUCAUAUGUUUAUAGUAAAGAUCAACUAUCAACAUUCAGUGAAGAACAUCCAGUUUUAUUAACUGAAGCACCAUUAAAUCCACGUAAAAAUCGUGAAAAAGCUGCUGAAAUAUUUUUUGAAUCAUUUAAUGUACCAGCAUUAUUUGUAUCAAUGCAAGCUGUAUUAAGUUUAUAUGCAACUGGUAGAACAACUGGUGUUGUAUUAGAUUCUGGUGAUGGUGUAACACAUGCUGUACCAAUUUAUGAAGGUUUUGCAAUGCCACAUAGUAUCAUGAGAGUUGAUAUUGCUGGUAGAGAUGUAUCAAGAUAUUUAAGAUUAUUAUUACGUAAAGAAGGUGUUAAUUUUAAAACAACAGCUGAAUUUGAAAUUGUUAGAACAAUUAAAGAAAAAUCUUGUUAUUUAUCAAGUAAUCCACAAAAAGAAGAAACUGUUGAAACUGAAAAAUUUCAAUAUCCAUUACCAGAUGGUAGUCAUUUAGAGAUUGGUCCAGCAAGAUUUAGAGCUCCUGAAGUAUUGUUUAGACCAGAUUUAAUUGGUGAAGAAUGUGAAGGACUACAUGAAGUACUUAUGUAUUCAAUACAAAAAUCUGAUUUAGAUUUAAGAAAAGUACUAUUUCAAAAUAUUGUACUUUCUGGUGGUUCAACAUUAUUUAGAGGUUUUGGUGACAGGUUACUAUCAGAAAUACGAAAAAUGUCACCAAAAGAUAUAAAAAUCAGGAUAUCAGCACCACAAGAACGUUUGUACAGUACGUGGAUUGGUGGUUCAAUUCUUGCAUCUUUAGACACAUUUAAAAAAAUGUGGGUAAGCAAACGUGAAUACGAUGAAGAUGGUGCAAGAGCGAUACAUCGUAAAACAUUUUAAACAAUUUUCAUAAUAAUAUUAUUAAUAUGUUGUGUUUAUUUUAAUGAAAAGAAAAAAAAAAAACAUCACAAAUGACACUUGGCACAAUACAACAAGACAUUAU